CAGCAUAUAUCCUCUAAGUUUUCCCUAUCCAUCAGCAACAAAUACUUUUGAUUAAGGGGAGACGUUAUUCGAUUCAAAUUUGCAAAAUUUAUAUUUUUUUAAAUUAAAUAAAUUUGACGCACAUAAAAAUGAGUAAUUUCUAUCCUCAAAAUCCUCCGUACGGGCAAGGAAACGCAAAUAGUCCUUUCAUGGCUGCAGGUGCAACAGUUACAAUGCCAGAACCAUUUUCUGGGGGAGCCUUCCCAACUUAUCCUGUUGGCGGACAGCCGCCCUCCGCUCCACCACCUUCAGGCUACAACAUGAAUCCAGGGCAGUAUCCUCCCCAGAAUCCAGGACAAUAUCCUCCUCAGAAUCCAGGACAGUAUCCUCCACAGGCACCUGGACAGUAUCCCCCACAAGUACCUGGUGGGCAGUACCCUCCCCAAGCACCUGGUGGGCAGUACCCUCCCCAAGCACCUAGUGGGCAGUACCCACCCCAAGCACCUGGACAAUACCCUCUCCAGAAUCCAGGUGGAUAUCCUUCCCAGAAUCCAGGUGGUUACCCACCUCAAAAUCCGGGUGGUUAUCCCCCUCAAAAUCCUGGCCAAUAUCCGCCGCAAAAUCCUGGGUCUUAUCCCCCGCAAAAUCCUGGAUCUUACCCCCCUCAAAAUCCCGGAUCUUACCCUCCUCAAAAUCCCGGAUCUUAUCCUCCUCAGAAUCCCGGAUCUUAUCCUCCUCAGAAUCCGCCACCACAAAAUCCUAAUCAGUAUGUUCGCUUUUAGGUCGUUGCAAUGAGCUCAUGACAGUUGGCAUACGGUUGCGGUCCAUUUUUUGCCUAUCUUCGACAAAUUGCGUCUGAUUUACAUUUGUUAUUGUAAACAUUUUCUUCUCAUCACGAUCACAUAAUUUGCUUAAUAAGUUUUUUUUUUGUUAAAAUUUCGAGUUGCUUUUAUUCUCUAUGUUAGCUGGCGUUGAUAUUUUAUCCUAAAUAAAUACAUACGUGUGUAAA